AUGGAGAAGGUGAACCAUAGCACCUGGGCUAUACCGAUUGUUCCAAUAAUGAAGGCCAAUAACAAAGUGAGACUUCGCGGUGAUUUCAAUGUUACGGUAAAUCCAAGUUUGGAGGUCGACGAUCAUCCGUUGCCUACUAUCGAAAAACUCUUCGCUACGGUUGCUGGAGGAGAGAAAUUUACGAAAAUUGAUUUGACUCAAGCAUAUAUGCAAUUAGAGGUUAAGGAAUGCGAUCGCGAGAUACUGACUCUAAGUACGCAUAAGGGUUUGUAUCGACCUACACGAUUAAUGUACGGUAUUGCUUUUGCGCCUGCCAUUUGGCAGAGGUUAAUGGAACAAGUGCUGAACGGUAUUCCUGGUGUGACCGUUUUCUUGGAUGAUAUCCGGAUUACGGGCCCGAACAAUUUCGUCCAUCUACAGAGACUAGAAGAGGUAUUGAAACGUCUAAGCUCAUACAAUAUGCGGAUUCAUAUUGAAAAAUGCCGGUUCUUUGCGAAUGAAAUCGAGUAUUGUGGAUAUCUGAUUGACAAAAAUGGUAUUCACAAAGUACGCAAAAAGAUUGAUGCUGUGCAAAACAUGCCAGUGCCAGAAAACAAGGAGCAAGUACGCUCUUUUGUGGGAUUGGUGAAUUAUUACGGUAGGUUCUUCCCGAACCUAAGUACGACGCUGUAUCCCCUCAAUAACCAUCUGAAAAAUACGGUUCCCUUCAUCUGGUCGAAAGACUGUGCUGAUGCGUUCAAUGAGGUAAAGUGUGAGAUGCAAUCCGAAAAGAUUUUGGCACAUUACGAUACUACUCUGCCGUUAUUACUUGCUACUGAUGCGUCACCGUAUGGAGUGGGCGCAGUGCUAAGCCACGUAUUUCCGGAUGGUUCAGAGAGGCCAAUCCAAUACGCAUCUCAGACACUUAACUCUACACAACAAGCAUACAAACAAGUUGAUCGAGAAGCUUACGCGAUCAUCUUUGGAGUACGUAAAUUCAAUCAGUACCUUUAUGGUAGGAAGUUUCCGUUGAUUACAGACAAUGAACCGCUGAAACAAAUAUUCUCUGAUACGAAGGGAUUACCGAAAAUGUCAGCGUUAAGAAUGCAACUUUAUGCAACUUUCCUACAGUCAUUUAACUACAAUAUCCAGUUCCGCCCUACGAACCAACAUGCUAAUGCGGAUGCUUUUUCGAGAUUGCCAUUGAAGGAGAGUACGCUUGAUACAGUUAUCGAAGAAAAUGAUUAUCUGGAGGUGAACAUUAUCGAAACAUUACCAUUAACUGAUGAAGAACUUGCGAAAGCUACUGCUACAGAUCCUGACGUUAAAGUGUUAAUGCAAGGGCUAAGAAAUGGCAAGUCCGUUGGGCCUAAAGAUCGUUUUGGAAUCGAUCAAGCUGAGUUUACAAUCCAAAAAGGUUGUAUUAUGCGAGGAAUAAGAGUCUACAUUCCUCCAAGUUUGCGGAAUAAGGUGUUAAUCGAAUUACACUCUACUCAUUUUGGUAUAACCAGAUUGAAGAGCCUAGCCCGAGGAUACGUGUGGUGGGAAGGCAUCGAUAGAAAUAUUCAGGAUCUAGUGCGUAACUGCAGUUUAUGUCAGACCAGCCGAGCUGAACCAGCUAAAGUUCCAACACAUUGCUGGGAUGUACCAACGAAGCCGUUUGAGCGAAUACAUAUAGAUGCAUAUACCAAGUGGCCUGAAGUUCGAAUCCUGAACAACAUAACAACAGCUGCAACGAUUCAGGUUUGCCGUAAAUAUUUUUCUACCUAUGGAAUACCGUCGGUAUUUGUGACCGACCACGGUGUUCAGUUCACAUCUGAAGAAUUCCAGAAAUUUUUGAAAAGGAAUGGAGUCUACCAUAAGAUGGGCACACCAUACCACCCUGCGACAAACGGACAGGCUGAAAGAUUUGUCCAGACCCUGAAAGCAAAAUUGAAGAGCCUGCAGUGUGACAAAGCCACGAUGCAUGCUGAACUCUGCAACAUCCUGCUAGCUUAUAGAAAAACAAUUCACCCUGCUACCGGAAAAUCGCCAUCCAUGAUGCUGUUCAACCGCCAAAUUCGGUCACGGUUGGAUCUAACGAUUCCUGAUUACGAUAUUAUGAAGAAACCUGUGGAUGGAAAAGUGCGUGAUCUUCAAGAGGGGGUGAGAGUUGCUGCGAGAGAUUACUUCGAAAAGACGAAAUGGAAGUAUGGCGUGAUUUCGGAAAAGUUGGGUAAACUCCACUACUACGUAAAGCUGGAUGAUGGAAGGACUUGGAAGCGCCACAUAGACCAACUACGAGAAGUCGGUUCGAAUCUACCGAGUGAACCAUUUAUACCUGCUACUCCUAUGCCAGAGGAACCAGAAGAGCCGAAUGCAAACGAUACUAAUGUGCUGUCACCGGCCACUGAGAUACUAUGCGCACGUAACCACUGUGGUGUCGCCGGCAUUCAGACGCUAGUUUUCGUACGUAACCACUGUGGUGUCGCCGGACGCCAAAGUGUUAAUUACGAAUUGAACAGCAGCAGAAUGGACCGUGUAACAUCGAUCAAAGAUUAA